AUGCCCGAUCGGUACCCCGUUCCUCAUCUUCAGGACUUUGCUGGAGCCCUUUUCGGCAACACCAUUUUCUCGAAGAUCGAUUUGGUGCGGGCUUUUCAUCAAAUUCCGAUUGCGGCUGAGGACAUUCCCAAAACGGCAGUGACGACUCCUUUUGGCAUGUUUGAGUUCCUUCGUAUGCCAUUUGGUCUCCGAAAUGACUCACAGACUUUCCAACGUUUCAUUGACCGUGUUUUACGCGGCCUUCCAUUUGUUUAAGCGUAUAUUGGUGAUGUUCUCGUCGCCAGUCGAGAUGUCGAGGAACAUCUCCAUCACCUUACCCUGCUUUUCGACCGAUUUCAGCAGGUUGGUGUCAUCCUGCAUCCUUCCAAAUGUGUCCUAGGAGCCACUUCUCUUGAGUUCUUAGGUCACCUGAUAGACGCAAACGGCAUUCGGCCUCUUCCCUCAAAAGUUGCCGCCAUUCGGGACUUUCCACCCCCUACCUCGAAGCGUCAGUUGCAACGCUUUCUUGGUAUGGUGAACUUUUAUCGCCGGUUUCUCCCAAACUGUGCCGACACCAUCCUACCUCUGACCAGUCUCCUCUCUGGUUCUAAGCGCAUCUUUGAACUUACAUCAGCCGCACUCACGUCAUUUGAGCAGGUAAAAGCCCUUCUGGCUGACGCCACCCUCCUGACUCACCUUCACGCUGAUGCACCCAUAUCUUUGAUGGUCGAUGCCUCCAAUGUUGCUGUUGGCGCGGUUCUUCAACAAAGUCUGCCGGAUUCUACCGUGCCUUUGGCUUUCUUCUCCAAGAAACUAUCCAAAGCCGAAACCCGCUACAGCACAUUCGGACGUGAACUUCUCGCCGCUUAUCUUGCCGUAAGGCACUUCCGGCAUUUACUCGAAGGUCGAGAGUUCACAAUUUUCACUGAUCAUAAGCCACUCACGUUUGCAAUGCAUUCCCACUCUGACAAGCUAAGCCCCCGGGAGAUCCGCCACCUGGACUACAUUUCGCAGUUCACUUCAGACAUCCGCCAUAUUGACGGGUCAAGGAAUGAGGUGGCUGACGCACUGUCCAGGCCCUCUAUUGCUCACCUUCAGCUUUCACCCGGGAUAGACCUCGCUGAGAUGGCCGCUGAACAACGCCGUGUCGGUCCACCCUGUGAUGAGGAUGGUUCCGGACUCCAACUUCAGGAACUACCACUGACAACUGGCAACGACACCAUCUUAUGCGACGUAUCCACCCCUUCCCAUCGUCCAUUUGUGCCUCCAUCUCUCCGCCGCAAAGUUUUCUCCUCCCUGCGCAAUCUGUCUCACCCCGGGAGUCGAGCAACCGACAAGCUGGUUUCCGACCGCUUCGUCUGGCCUGGCAUGCACAAGGAUCUCAAGGCAUGGACACGGACUUGCAUCGCCUGUCAACGGAGCAAGAUCCAGCGGCACAACAAGGCUCCCAUUGGUACCUUCCCCGGCCCUGGUGCAAGGUUCAGCCACGUUCACCUGGACAUUGUAGGCCCCCUGCCUCUGUCCAAUGGUUGUUCCUGUCUCCUCACCUGCGUGGAUCGGUUCACUCGGUGGCCUGAAGCAAUUCCCCUGCCUGACAUUGCUGCUCCAACGGUGGUCAAGGCUUUUCUCAGUCGUUGGGUUGCUAUCUUUGGUGCACCCUCCACAAUCACGACUGACCUUGGUGCCCAAUUUGAGUCUUACCUCUUCCAGUCUUUACUCUACUUUUUACGCUGUACCCGCAUCCGGACGACAGCCUAUCACCCGGCUGCUAACGAGAUGGUCGAGCGGUUUCACCGCCAGCUGAAGGCCUCUCUAGGCGCUGCGGCCGAUCCGGAGAACUGGACGGACCACCUUCCUCUGGUCCUCUUGGGCUUCCGCUCCGCUCUGAAGCCGGACCUUGAUUGUUCCGCAGCUGAACUGGUGUUCGGCUCCACCGUCCGACUCCCCGGUGAGAUGAUCUUGCCAAGCCCUCAAGGUGCAGUUCAGGAUCCUACCAACCUCCUGCAUCGCCUCCGGCAGUUUAUGCGGACACUUUCUCCGGUUCCUCCCAGGUCCUCAACCUCUCCGUCUUAUCUGGAGAAGGACUUGACAACGUGCUCUCACGUCUACCUUCGAUGUGAUCGAGUCCGCCGGCCUCUGAAACCGCCCUAUGACGGCCCAUUUCGGGUGCUCUCUCGCGGGCCGAAGACUUUCCGCAUUCAUCGCGACAAUCGCGAAGAGGUCGUGAGUGUGGACCGCCUCAAGGCUGCCGUCCCUGACACUCCUCCGGAUGAGCCCUGUGGUCCUCAACCUUCUGCUUCUCCCCACGGAGCCUCUAUUCCACCGUCCCGUAUUUUCCCUCUGCCCUCCUGUCCGCCAUCUCCGACUGCCGCCACCAACUCCAACACUUCCGCCACCAGAUUUAUUAACUCUUCUACGGACCCUGUAUAUACCACUCGUAGUGGUCGUCAAGUACACUUUCCUGAUCGAUUGGUCACGCAUUUCUUUUAG